UGUAUUUCCGUCGUCGGGUCGCGGUUCCCAUGCGAAAUUGUGCUCAGUUCGAAUCGCGCAGCCGCCCCCAUAGUUUGGUGCGCGGUUAAUCGAAAAAAUGCACUAAAUCGCGAGUUUGGAUGGAAAGAAAACAUUUCGAUUUUGUGCGAUCAACAUUGCUCCAGAUAUAAUGAGAAUUGGCUAACAAGAGAAUGACGUUAGCAUAUCUCGAUGCGAAUGAUAUAGCGAAAGUCGCCUUGAGUGCGAUUCGAUUGUUAUUGACGCAAGGGUUGGUUGCGCGGCCAUGCCAGUUGUUGGGUCAAUGGCUUAGCCGUCAGAUGGCGCGGUAUUCGUUUCGGUCCACCCUGCCUGCGCUGGAAUGCCCUCAGCGAGGAGCUUGUCGACGCUGCCGUCUUUCGUGGAGGUUUUUUCCACGCCACGAUCAGGUGACUGGGCCAAAAACCUUUUUAAACCCUAUCAGCCGUUUCCUAAUCACUAAGGAACAUUUGUGAAUAGAUGUGUAAUUUGGGAAAUGGAUAUGUGAACGCGCCAGCCGGGUGGUCCACUUUACGCGUACGGAGGUGCUGUGUUGUGUUGUGCACCAGAAGGCGGUUCCAGUGCACUCUACUUGAUCGUAUCUCAUCAUUUUAUCGUUCGACAGUGUGAUUAUGUUCAAGAUCCUGUGUUACUUAUUUCAAAGCUGUGUUAUGAUCGACGAUUAUUAGCUAAGAGAAGAAGACGAGGACGCGGCGGGCGACCGAGUUAAAGCAGAACACGGGAGUGUCGUCCACCAUUUUGGCUGCGCGAGGUUAUUCGAUGUGUGCACCAUUCUCAUCGCACGUUCGUUGUUUUCGUGCUUUGCAUCACAUCAAAUCAUUCACGAUGCUUAUCGAAUUAUCUUGUGAAUCGGGGAACAAUUGGAAAUAGUGUGUGAAAAAAUAAUUGUAAUAAGAUGAUCUCCUAAAAUCGACGCUAAAUGGAGCAAGGCGAGGGCUGUUUUCCUCGUCGCAAUCUCGAUGCUGUCAGCUGGUCAUCGAGUGGCAAUGCUGGGAAUUAACUGAGGUCGUGGAAUUCAAUUAUUGUGUGAUCGGUACGUGUUACGAGUGAUCAUAAUAUUGAAAAAAAUAUCGUGGAUCUAGAAAGUAAACCACAGUGGAAUAAAACGAUGUCGCUUGAAAGUGGGUUACUAUAAGUGCCGUCCCUGCUACUGAUGAAAAGCGACAUUCACUUUAGGAUAUCCUGUGCUUCGUUAUUGUCAUUUAUACUUGAUUUUGUUGUAUUUCUCGAUACUAAUGAAUUUGUGAGAUCGUUUCGGGAUUGCAGCUGAUCGCAUACGACGUGUUCGAGGUGGCAAACUGUAUGGAGCAUCUCGAGUGCCAUUAACCUCGUUUCGUGGCCACCUCGCGGCGAAACGACUCCCAUUCCGUGAUUUUUCUGCGGACUUAUGUUCUCGAGGCCCGCAUUUUAACGGAAUGGGAAAUGGGCGCCGUGAUUAAUGAUGAGGAAUCUGCGGUGGGACGAGUCUUGGAAUUGUGGGAUUUGGACACGAUCUGUAUGGUAAAUUCUCUGUGUUAAAACGCGGGAAACGAUGAAGACAUUCGCGUUACUUGCGGAUUCAUAUCGAACUGCGCGCGUGUUACGACUGUAAGACGAUAAAAAGAAGCGUAUUAUCAUUUUAGUGUUCUUAACGAUUUUUUUUUUCUUUUGAUCAUAAUGAUCAAAUAUACAUGGAUGGUGCUACUAUGCAUGGUGAAAUACUGUUUUAGGUAGGAAUAAACAGUGACGGAAGGAAUGGUGAGGAAGGAAGGAGGAUAGAAUGAACUUAUUGUAUCGCUGACACGGAUGAAACGAAACAACACGAUGGAAACGAAGUGACUAUACUUUUUUUUUUUUUCUCUUGAUCUCCUGGAUGGGUUCUCCCAUCGGCAUAGUUUUAGAUGUAUCGUGCGAUUAUUCAACUGAAGUGAACUGGUUCGGUGUGCUCUCUCUCUCGAUCAGUGUUCCGUGUGUGUGUAGCGUUUUUGCAGCUGUUUUGACGAGGAUUACGUGUGCUGUGCACGUUACUCCAAUCCAUCAGAGACAUAAUUCUUGGCAUGCGUAGGCCGAAGGAGGAGGAAGGGGGAGAAUUGAACAGGACCGAGGAGCAUGGUGUAGUGCUCGUUUUGGGGGUUGCUGGCAGAUCAAAGGACGCGAAAGAGGGUCUGGCCGCUCUCGAGCGAUUCGAGGGCCGGUGAGCAUCGCGACGGGGCGAGCAACCCCGUUGCCUCCGCCAACGUCUAACAACCCUCCCGUCUGUCACUGUCGACGAACAACAGAACAGAUGUCCUGACAGCGGGCCCCGGGCCACCAGGAUGCCGACAGACGACGACUAUGGCCGAAGAGAACGUCUCCUACUGCACCAACAUCCGAUCCCUCAGUACGGGUCCUCGUCAUCACCGGUUCCAGGAUCGAGUGGCGGAACGAGCGGAAGUGUCGGGUCCCAGAUCGGUUCCNCUAGCUCCUCAGAUUGUUACAAGCAAGCACAACAACAGCAAACGAACGAUCUACGCACGAGCGUGUCGAGCGUCGCCAGUCAAGAUCGUUACCAAUCGGAUCAAUCCUCUCAAGGGAACGAGCACGUCGAUUAUGGAGUCCGGGAGCGAAUGUCAGGCAUCGAGAGGCAUGAUAAAUCAACGGACAAGCCGACGAUCGACGACUUCCCCAAGUCGUGCGCGGAAACUCGUUCGAUACAGUCGAGUUGCGAGCGAUUCGGUCAUUAUCAGAGCCAAGAGAGAUUCGGCCAGCCCCCUUUGCAAGCGCACCAUCAGUUCACCCCAGGGAGAACGAGCAACUCUGGCCAAACGUUGCCGCAAAACGUUCUUGUCGACCGUUUUCCACGUUUCAACGAGCUCACAAGUCUCCACAGUGACCAGAGAUUGUCCUUGGCCCCGAGCGAACGUUUUCAACCGGCCACCACCACCGAGCUUCGAUUCCAUCACCUGGCCAACGAGCUGGUCAAUGCCUCCACAGGCAACGAAUACGCGAACACGAAUAUUUUGGUGUCGGGAUGCGCGACCAGUCCAUUCUCGUCCGAGACGUUCCCCUCUCCGCCAUCACCGGCACCCGCCAACGACCGUUUCGUCCCACCACCACCUUUGUCACCUAGCCCAAGCGAGAAGUACGCCUCGACCCAGAGUCUGGCUGGUUAUCCUGCUGCUGAUAGGAUUUUGGCCCCAGGUUCUCCAAGCACCAGAUAUGGCGGGGGCACGGCACCAGCCUCACCGAUGCCAGCUAAGGAGCGAUUCUCCUCGGCGGAACGAUUAUUGGCCAAUCAACAAUCGUCGAGUUCUAUGCACGAGUCCAAGGAUCAGCAACGAUACACUGGAACAAGUGAUCGCUUGUUGUCCGGCUCGUCACCGGUGUUGGGAAGUCUACAAGCCGGUCUACAAGGAGACAGGAACGGAAUAUACACAACCGGCAAGGAUACAACCGCAUCGAGAUACGGUGCCAUUUCUACGGACCGUUUGCUCUCCUCGUCACCUAUACACGCCCCAGUGCCAGAGAGAUUCGCGAGCAAGUCGACCGAUAGGUAUCUCAGCGAUUCGCCUGUACACGAACGAUACCAUCGACAGGAGACGACAUCAGGUAUCCACCACGAUCGUUACUCGACGAUAUCGUCGAGCGCUGAGAGAUUCCUCUCGAAUUCGCCCAAUCCGGAGGCCUCCCAUCAGCGAUAUUCCACGUCGACGGAGAGGUCUUUGCAGGUGUCGUCGAACGGCAACGAGCAGAGACGUUUGUACACCGAUCGUGGCGUCGAGACGGUUUGUCAGAAGUAUACGGACAGAUCGACUGGAUCGCCCGCGCCCACGGAUUUCAAUAGAUAUUCUAGUUUCCAGGAAGUGGGGGGCACACAGUCCAGAUACAGCACAACUGAUCGUUUCAACGAUCUCGCGAUACAACGUUGCGGCCAAUCGCGGGCGAACGACAGAUUCUGCGUGCCCAACGAUCGUUACUUGGUUAGCUCGUCACCAGGACACGAUGGGAGAUUGGCCAAUAACGACGUGGCCAACAGGUACGUCGUUUCGGGAUCGUCGACGGAACGACUGCUCUCUGCGACGUCCUCCUCAUCUUCCUCCUCGACCGACACCGUCUCUCGUUAUCACUCCUCUUACACGAACACCACGGCAACGCAAUCCACCACGUCCAACGAUCGUUUCACAUCCAUCUCUCCCACUCCCGAGAUGGCCAAUACGAAUCUUCGCUCGGGAACAACCGGAACGACUAGUUGUACAGCAAGUUCCGGCUAUCAGGCCGCGACAAAAACAAGCGUCGUGGACAAGUAUCUUCAAGUAUCGAAGUCCGUGCAGAGUUACGGAAGCGAUCGUUACACUGUCGGCAAUCCUGGCGACCAGUUCGAUACCAGGCUCGGCCAGGACCGUUACGACAGAUUCUCGAACCCUGCCGCUAGCACGGAUCGUUUCACAUCUUCCUCCGGUACUCCUGAUCGUUUUCAUUCUGCCACUGAUAGAUACUCGCCUGUGCGCGCCGCUGACAAGUAUCUGUCCCUGCCUAAACCCAAGGAUCGAUACACCGGUCGCAUAACGCCGAUCUCGUCUUGCGGUACGUCGGUAGCCGCCACGUCCACCGAUCGAACUUAUGGAUCGAGCACUGCGACCGGAAGCUACGUUCCGCCAACGGCUCACACACCUGUGGAACGAUACGUGCCUCAACCGCCUCCGGAGGUUCUCUACCCGGACAGAUAUGUAGACAGAUACGUGCCACCAUCCGCGCAUACACCCACCGACCGUUAUGUGCCCACCAACGAUCCAACUGACCCUUACAUGAGGCGAGAUCUCGGUUUCCAUCAUCAUUAUCGGCUACCACCACCUGCCGGCUAUCCAUACCAUCAGUCGCACUUUCGGCUUCGCGGUUUCGCGUACGCGUCGCCUGGCCGCCUAGGUGGUAGCCCAGGCUCGAGCAGCUCGAGCAGCUCGGCGUCUAAUCAGAGGGAUGGCGGGUUCUCGAUGUCGCCAUUGUUGCGGCCCAAGGUGCGCGCGUCUGCGGUCGAGUUCCCGACCACGUCCACAGGUGUCGUUACGCGCCACGUGUGCACCAACCCCCCAUCUUGUUGCAAUGAGGCGUCAUCAAGUGGGAGAUCUUGCUGCCAAGCAAUUAGGAGAUCAUUACCACCGGGCGCGCUGCCGUCGAUAUCUACGCAGUCUUCUUGGCAACCAUCACCAGGAUCCGGCACAACUGGCACAUCCACGGUUUCCUCGAGCGCCCCCGAUGGAGAAAAUGGCCAAAGCAUCAGUCUAUAUCCGGUGGGAAGCGUGGGUCCAACAUCAACGAACCCAACAACGGCUACACCAAUCACGACCACAGCGACAAUAUCACUGGCCACUCCUGGAACCAGAACGCAAGAACCUGGACCCAGUAUCACUAGAAGCGUGUCAGCACCCACUGCACCUAGGCCAGUUGUCCAAGUGGCUGCCAGUACUUCCAGCAACAAUGGCACACAAAAACCGAGAUUGAGAAGGACUAUGAGUCGCACUGAAGCUAUCAGGAACUACAUCAGACGCGAAACAGCGCAAUUCUUUGGGGUGGACGAGGAAUCUGAGGCUGUGGAGAGACAACGAUGGCUCGAUCGAAGACGGAGAAUGGCGUCGAGGAAAUACGGUGCCCUUGUUCCGGAACACAGACCACCGGAUCCUGAUAUCACCAGAGACGUGCCGGAUAUUACGGAUGUGCCAGAAGGUGUUACAUUGAGAAGAUGGCAGCAACCUGUAAGACGAAAAGAUUCCGUGGCCAGAAUGACCCUUUCGGGGCUUCAUUAUGUCGUCGAGUCAUUGACUCGACCUCGGCCCCGAGAGGGAUCACAAACAAGACCCGAAUCACGAAGCUUCCCACCAAGUGUGCUCACUUACCUGGCGAGAUCAGAAUCAGCGACGUCACCGGAAAGUGGCCAGAAUGAAGAGGAAUCCUUCUUCGACNNNCCACCCCCGCCCCCGCCCCCGCUUCCGCCGCCUCCUGCGCAACCACAAUCUCAAGUCGAGCAGAGUCUUGGUGGCCUGGUGAAAGACGAAGAGGACGGCGCAAAAGUCGCAGAUCUGCUCGAUUCCGCGGGUGACAGAGAAACAUCCGAGGAAUUGGUCAGGUUUGCUCCACAGAAGGAUGAGAGGACGGCAAUUGAUGGACAAGUCAGAAGAUCUCGUCACAUCUCGAGGGACCAUUACAUUUCAAGGUUGAGGUAUCAUAGCCCGUUGGCCGAAAGUACGAGAGUGAGGCAAGAUGAGGGGGUAACUCUUAGGAAGGAUUUUACCGGUCCUACGAGAAUUUCUCCAAGUACCAUUGACCGAAUAUUCGAUAACAGCAACAGGAGGCAAUAUGGCAUGGGUAUCGUUGGAAGAUUUUUGGGAAGAUCAUUUCGAAAAAGCGUAUCCCAGAAACCAGACGUUAGAAAACAGCUGGACGAUUUCGAAGAUCAUCGUCCUUAUUUUACCUAUUGGAUCACCACUGUUCAAAUUCUUAUUCUGAUAAUAUCGUUAGCAUGCUACGGUUUCGGACCUGUGGGUAUGGAUCUCAGUCAUAGAUCAGGCUUGGUUCUCGUUACCAGUCUAUCGUUGCAACAAGUGGACUACCAGGAACCAGCGAAUUUCUGGUUUGGUCCGAGGGCCGCUGAUUUGAUUCAUCUAGGGGCGAAGUUUGCACCGUGUAUGCGCCGUGAUAUUAAAAUUCUGAAGGAGAUCGAUGUCUGGCGGGAAAGGGAGCGGGACACAGCGUGUUGUAUAAGGAACGAUGACUCUGGCUGCGUGCAAUCCAGCAAAGCGGAUUGCUCUGUCCGAGGAUUGAGAUCGACUGCCACGAAUACAAUAUCUACAUGGAAAAAAUGGGGACCUGGGGACAGUGGACCGGGAGGACGCAUAAGUGGGUCAGUUUGCGGGUUGGAUCCAAAAUUCUGCGAUGCUCCAGCUAGUAUAGCACCUUACGAAUGGCCAGAUGAUAUUACCAAAUGGCCCAUUUGUCGAAAAACUAAUCCGUUCAAUCAACGAUUUAGUAGAAACGGAAGUCAACGGGGCAAUGGAAAUUUCCCAGUGGGUCGAUACAAGGAUAAGAUGGCAGAACACAUGGUCUGCGAGGUAAUCGGACAUCCAUGUUGCAUCGGGAUCCACGGGAUGUGUCGCAUUACCACAAAAGAAUACUGUGAUUUUGUACACGGAUACUUCCACGAAGAAGCAUCCCUCUGUUCUCAGGUCGAGUGUUUGCACGAUGUCUGCGGUAUGAUACCCUUUCUUCAUCCCGAGUGGCCUGAUCAAUUCUAUAGGCUCUUCACCACCAUGUUUCUUCAUGCUGGAAUUCUUCAUCUAUCAAUCACACUAUUGGUUCAGUAUUUCUUAAUGCGAGACUUGGAGAAGUUAACUGGCUCAUUGCGUAUUGCUUUGAUUUAUUUCAUCGGAGCACUUGCUGGAAAUCUAGCCAGUGCGAUAUUCGUUCCUUACAGGGCAGAGGUCGGACCAGCAGGAGCACAUUUUGCCCUCCUCGCAACGUUGAUCGUCGAGGUAUUGCACUGUUGGCCGAUGUUGAAGCAUCCACGACGAGCCUUAUCCAAGCUGAUUUUCAUCCUCAUAGGCUUACUAAUCCUUGGCAUUCUUCCAUGGGUGGAUAACUACGCUCACCUAUUCGGUUUCAUCUUCGGUUUCCUCGCUGCUUAUGCUUUGUUACCAUUUAUCUCAUUUGGCCAGUAUGAUCGUCGUCGCAAGAUCUGGCUGAUAUGGAUUUGCAUGAUUCUCAUCGUCGUUCUGUUCACCCUCCUUCUAGCUCUCUUCUACAACGUACCGGUGUAUGAGUGCGAGGUGUGCAAACUGUUCAACUGCAUCCCGUUCACACGUGACUUUUGCGCUUCGCAAAACAUUAAUUUCAAGCGGGAAGAACCCGUAUGACACACGGGGCCGUGUUUCGAAGUCGAGUUCGAACCAUUGUUACAUGUGAUCGAGGGUCAAACGAGGCUCUACACAAGCUUGAUCGUGCUGGCUCUGCUAUUUUCAAAUCGACGCGGAAAUUACGAUUGAACGAUGAAAAUAAUGUUACAAAGAACCUAACGCCAAGGAAUCUGGAGAUAACUCGUCCACGACGAACGACACUGCCUUAAAGUAAAAUAAACUCCACCGGGAUCCUCGGUGUGUUCUACGGUGGGAUGUAAAUAUUAGAAAAAAAAAAAAAUAAUAAAACGCGCCUUUAAUGUAACACGAUUAUCGUUAUCAAAGAUCGUGGUAUGAGGAUGGAUGUCUGAUUGAACAGUAAUGAUAAAACCUGAUGGAUCGAAAUGGAAGAGUGUUGCAUACGAAACGAAAAAAAAUUGAAUCGUCGAAUAUUUAAAGCUUCUGACCCUCUUCGAAUGUUUAGAAAAGAGAAAAUGAAUACACAUGUAUAUAUAAAACGAAGACUCUUGUUACUUAUAUAUAUACAUAUACAAGCGUAAGAACGACUUUACUAAGUUUAAUUUUAAAAAGGAGAGAAAGGGGGUAGAGAGGAACGUUGAAAGUGUCUAAAGCGUACCUCCCAAGCUGGAACUAUCUGUGAUGGUGAACACACGAUUGUCUUCGAGAAUAUUUUUCAUAAGAGAGAGAGAGAGAAAGAGAGAGAGAGAGAGAGAGAGAGAGAGAGAGAGAGA